UGUUUUUAACUUUAUAUCGGCUAUACGUGAGAUGUUUAGAAAAGAUGCGUAGCAACCAAACUUGCGCUUGAGAGAGAGAGAGAGAGAGAGAGAGAGAGAGAGAGAGAGAGAGAGAGAGAGAGAGAGAGAGAGAGAGAGAGAGAGAGAGAGGAAAAGUCAGCUUGAGCUUUUCUUUCCCUCUCCUUGAGGAAGCGCGCGGACCUCGAGAUUCUUCUGCCGGUAACCGAAGACACUUUCUCACUGCUCGCUGCUCGUUAUAUCAGGAGUCGAUCCACUUUGCAUGUUUGAUCGUUUCCCCCUCGAUGGCUCAUAGGAUGAGUGUGUUGGCUCCCGGGCUCGUGAGGAGACUGUGGCAGUGAUCUGGUCAUGGCGUUUCCACAGGGAUACUUGUACCAGUCUUCGCUGUCUCUGUACUCGUGUCCCCCGUACGGCCCCGGCGCGGUCCCGGGAGCGCGGGCUGAUGAUCUGGGACGCUCCUCUAGCGGAUCCGCCUUCGCCCCGUACGCGUCUUCAUCCUUCACAAACACUGCACUCUUCAACUCCCUCCAGUACAGUCCCGAGUCCACCGCCCCCUUCACUUCAUACGGGGGCUCCCCAUUUGAGUCUUCUCCGGGCAUGGCGGGCUCCAUCGGCUAUCACCCGUACGCCGGUCCCCUGGGCGCGUACCCGUUCGGAGACCCCGCGUACCGGAAGAACGCGACGCGCGACGCCACCGCCACCCUGAAGGCCUGGCUCAGCGAACACAGGAAAAACCCUUAUCCCACCAAGGGCGAGAAGAUCAUGCUGGCCAUCAUCACUAAAAUGACCCUCACUCAGGUGUCCACCUGGUUCGCCAACGCCCGGAGGAGACUGAAGAAAGAGAACAAAAUGACGUGGACGCCACGGAACAGGAGUGAGGAUGAAGAUGAGGAGGAUAGUAUUGAUUUAGAGAAGAAUGAUGAAGACGAUGAACCGCUCAAAACAGCCGAAACAACACAGACGACCAAAGAUGCAGUUGGCGACGAGCGCGCGGGUGAUCGCGACGACGCGACGGAUAGCGUCAUCAUCGACUGUGAGGAAGAGGAGAAUCGGACAGUCUCUGAGUCUCCGGUGCCCACGACCUCCUCUCCCCAAAACGAGCUGAGUGAAAGCAAGACGGCCGUCAGUGAAAACUGCAACGCCACCUCUGUCAUUCAUUCCGCGGCCCCGACCCCUAAACCCAAGCUGUGGUCUCUCGCUGAAAUCGCUACCUCGGAUAAGAGAGCCGACGCGUCGUCGCCCGCCGGGUCCCUCGCGCAGUGCCCUUUCCCCCCUACGCGCUUCUACUACACGUCUCCGUUCUACGGGGGAUUCACGUACUACGGCGCGUUCGGAGCGCUGAACGGCUCCGCGUCAAACUCAACGCUUCUGAACGGGAUUAACCAGACUGCGUUACACAGAGCGAGAGACAGCAAACUGACGCAGGACAUGAGCAAAGAUCUCGCGUUUCAGCACCGGAGGCCGAAUGUGUAGCGCUGGCUGUUAUUAUACAUCAUUUCUGGUUUCAACGGGAUUUGUCAGUGUGACGAAGGGCAAAUGAUAAAGCAAACAACUUUUUUAAUAUUUAAAAAGGAAAUGGUAUUGAAAUAUUUGUUUUCUUUAUAUAUCUAUUGUAAAAUAUUUGUGCAAGAGGCCAAAGUACUAAUUUAAAAGAUUUUUUUUUUGUAAUCUCAAUCAGCUGUUAAAAUGAGUGUGCCAUUCUGCUAAAUCUACUUUUGCGAAAAAUGCAAAUUUCCAAAUGCAUAUGAAUGACGUAUUUUAUUUGUGCAUAUGUUCUCUUGAAACUUCACACCCGUUAUAUGAAGAGAUUUUGAAAUAUAGAUGUGUGAGGUGUUUUUGUAUGGAACAGAAGAGGAACUACAGGGUUGGCAUCAUCAUAACAUGCUCUGAAGACAUCAGGCAAGAACAUUUAGUAGCUGGAAUUUGUUUUUUUUUUUUUUUUUGCAGCCAAGCUAUUCUUCAUAUCAUCAUAUUCUGACCCCUUACGGAUUAUUCUAUCAUCUGUUCUUCAGAAUGGUGUGCAGUGCCUUCCUGAUUUGCUCUCAACUGGUCACAUGGACCUCACAGAAAACACUCAACAAGCGUAUAACCGUCGCCUCCUGCAGGCAUAAUACACAGGAUGAAUUGUAAAUUUAAAUAGCACAAGUCAACAUUUAUUCCAGGGGGAUUAUAGUACUCUUAAGUGGAGGAGAUAUUAAAUUUAUGCUCUUCUCGUGAAAAUUGUGUUGCUUUUUUCCGGCAAAGCGAAACGAGCGAGCUAGGGGCUAAAAUGUUCAAAGACCAUUUUAAAAGGUAUUAAAUGUGUAAAUUCAAAAUUUAGUAAACUCUUUGCAAGAAUGACAGGAUUAGCCGAGAUUCCUCAUUCCUGCAGUCCGACAUCAACAAACAUCAGAGAAGCGACUCGGGCCCGUGGCUUACAACGCUUUUGUACACAAAACCAUGAAAAGAGGCAGCGAGGACUUGAAAAGCUCUCUAAUCCCUCCAGUAAAUUCGAAGUUAGGGUGUAUAUUUAUACGGGCGCAAUGCUAUUUCACAAUUCAGUGAAUUCAAAGCUUUGUAACUGAAGAAGCUCCGGCCAAACUAUCCAAUCAUCUUGUGACCAAUGUCACAUUCAACACAGUCAUUUUAUCCUUUCAUUGCUUUACAAGGGGGUUUAGGCCAGCUGGAGAUGAGUUUUCUUUCUGUCUCUUUUCUAGAUGUGUAAACACAAAAUAUCCCCAGUAAUUGCUGUAAAAUGGGUUCUGAGCGCACAGCUGAAACACUUAUUUCUAAUAUAUCUUUCAGCUCUGUUUAAUGCCAGCUGUUUAACAUGCUAUGAGGCAAUGCUAUGCUAGCUUUCGUUUUAAUAACAUGACGCGUGUUUUUAAUCAAUUACUCUUUCUUUGUAAAAUACUUUUCUUCUUCAACUGGCACUGAUACUGUAUAGCCUACAUCAGGGAUACAUCAUUUUUUUCAGGGAUAUGACAAGAGAAUUAUGAUAACUUUACAAAACAAGUUUGAUAGAAAUGUUUUUACUCUCAAAAAUAGACUUGCACUGACAACAAUGCA